AUGAAUUCAAAGAAACCUUCAAAGCCAUUUGCCUUCGGAUUUGUGCAUGGUUCAGCAAGUAAACCCAAAUCAUUGCUUGAUCCAGAAGAACAAACUCAUAAAAAGCCAACGACAUUGGACUAUUUUUCUGAAGAAGAUUCCCAACCAAAAAAACGAAAACUUAUAAAAUUAGAGGAUGACUUAGAUGAGGGCUUUGAUAAACAAGAUAAAUUAUCCAAUGUUAACGAAGACUACGUUGGCGAUCUAGAAGAUGAUAGACCUCCGCCUCCUCGAACUUCAACUGGAAUUCAAGGAUUUGUGCCUCAGGGCUUUAGUUUCAACAAGGGCUUUACCAAUGUUCAUGAGGUUACAUCCGAUACUAAAUUGGAUGAUGUACAAAAAGAUGAUGAAAUUGACGAUCCUCUUGAUGCUUUCAUGCUUGAUAUUGAUAAUCAAGUUCAAAAGGAAAGUCAGAAUAAGUCUUUGCAAGAAAAAAUUCGUAGAGAUGAUAUUGAAGAUGAAGAUUUUGUUGAAAGUUACGUCAAUCAUAUGAAGAAAAAAGGAAUUGAAGUGGGUAAAAGUCAACGACCAAUUGAAAAGGAUGAGAACGUGAAUUCGGAUGAAGAAGUGUAUGCUACUGCCAGGGCUAUUGAUGCUCAACUUGAAUACGAUUCCGAUGAUAAUCCAAUCGUGGAACAAAAGCGCAAAGACAUCGAACCACUUCCAGCAGUUGAUCAUUCUCAAAUUGAAUAUCCAGAAAUUGAGAAAUUCUUUUAUGAAGAGCAUCUAGAUAUUGCCGGAUUAUCUGAUGAGCGUGUCAAGGAAAUACGUCGAGAACUUGACAUGCAUGUUUCUGGCGCUGAUGUUGCGAAACCUUGUAUUUCCUUUGCACAUUUUGGGUUUGACGAAGCUUUACUGAAUGUUAUUAUUAAACAUGGAUAUUCAGAACCAACUGGAAUUCAGAAGCAGGCGGUACCUGUUGCAAUGUCCGGUAGAGAUAUUAUUGGUAUUGCGAAAACAGGGUCCGGUAAAACUGCCGCUUUUAUUUGGCCCAUGUUGAUACAUAUCAUGGAUCAAGAAGAAUUACAAAAAGGUGAAGGGCCAAUUGGUUUAAUACUAGCACCGACGAGGGAAUUGGCUAGCCAGAUAUACACUGAAGCCAAAAAAUUUGCAAAGAGUUACGGUCUGAGAAAUGGAAUCAAAAACGACGCACACACUACUCUCUCUGCUCCUUCCCAAAUACUUGCUUUACCCAAAUGCAGAGUUGCAGCAGUUUAUGGAGGUGCUUCGAAAAUGGAUCAAUUCAAAGAACUCCGGCCCGGUGGAAUAGAGAUACUAGUGGGUACGCCGGGAAGACUUAUUGAUAUGGUCAAAAUGAAAGCGACGAAUUUUCGACGAGUUAGCUUCUUGGUUCUUGAUGAAGCAGACAGGAUGUUUGACCUCGGUUUUGAGCCGCAAGUCCGUUCCAUCUGUGACAAUAUUAGACCAGAUAGGCAAACGUUAUUGUUUAGUGCGACAUUCCCCAAAAAAGUUGAGAUUCUAGCUCGUGAAGUAACUACGGAACCAGUAAGGAUUUCCAUUGGUAGCGUUGGCCAGGCGAAUACUGAUAUUACGCAAAGGAUAGAAAUUUUGGCUGAUGACGGUUAUAAGUGGGAUUGGUUAAUGAACCAUUUAGUGUCAUUCUGUGUUGAGGGUAGUGUUCUCAUCUUUGUUAGUCGUAAAGAUGGUGUUGAAGCGUUGUCAAACAAUUUAAAGCAAGUCAAUUAUGAGUGUAGGUUUAAGUUUUUGUUUUCAAAGUACCUUUAUUUUGAUGAUAAUCAUAUUUUUAAAACAUGUACAGGUGGUGCGCUGCAUGGUGACAUGAUGCAAGCAGAUCGUGACAAAGUAUUGAAAGAUUUUAAAAAUAAUAAAUUUCCAAUCAUGGUUGCGACUGAUGUAGCUGCAAGAGGACUUGAUAUAAAGGCCGUCAAAACCGUCGUCAAUUAUGACAUUGCACGUGAUAUCGAUUCACAUGUUCAUCGGAUUGGAAGAACAGGCCGAGCGGGAGAGAAAGGUACUGCUUAUACGCUUAUCACCCAAAAGGAAGAUAAAUUUGCUGGAGACCUAGUGAGAAAUUUAGAAGCUUCGGGUCAACAAGUCCCUGAUGCUUUGAUGAACUUGGCGAUGCAGAACUCGAGAUUCAGAAAAUCACGAAAUAUGAUACGUAGAGGGCGUGGUAGAUCUGGUGGACGAGGUCGCGGUUACGGAAGGGGUCGUGGUCGUGGAACAAAUAUUUCUAAUUCGAACUCAAUACCACUUGGAGGAAGAGCUGGCAUUGGAAGCGCGGGUGUACAAAUACCUCCACCUCCACAGCUUAAUACUGAUACCUCUGGCCAUGCCGGUGGAAAGCACCCAAUGAAUUUCCAGAAAGCCUCAACAGCAGAUGCCGAGUUAGGACUUUUACGUUCAAGUAAAUCAUCAACCUCUUCGCAAUCAGGAAAUCAAAAAAAACGACGCUGGGAUUCUUAA